CAUUACAGGGCCGAUCUCCGUGGACGGGAUUCUGAAACCGCCGCCCGCCUUUGCUCCUGGACCGUUCCGCCCGCCGCCGGCGCCGAUGGAGCGCCUCCGGAUCGCCGUCUCGCACCGCCCGCCUCUGCCCAUCCGCGCCCCGAACCAUCUCCGCCGGCGCCAGCUCCACCUCCCCGCUCCCCUUCCCCUCACACUCGCCUCCCGCCCCCUGUCUUCGCAGCAUCGCCUGCUCUCCCCCACCCCUCGCCGCCACGCCCGGCGUCUCCUCGCCUCGCAAUCGCCUGUCCCCGAAUCCGACCCCGAGCCCGACGUGGAGGCCGGCGCUGCCCCCGCCGGCGCCAAGCUCGUCCCGCUCGUCGUCUCCCUCGCGGCCGGCCUCGCCGUGCGCUUCCUCGCGCCGCGGCCCGCCGAGGUGACCCUGCAGGCGUGGCAGCUGCUCUCCAUCUUCCUCUCCACCAUCGCGGGGCUCGUGCUCGGCCCGCUGCCCGUGGGCGCCUGGGCUUUCGUCGGCCUCACCACCGCCGUGGCCACGCAGACGCUCCCCUUCGAGGCCGCCUUCUCCGCCUUCACCAACGAGGUCAUCUGGCUCAUCGUCAUCUCCUUCUUCUUCGCGCGAGGCUUCGUCAAGACCGGCCUCGGCGACCGCAUCGCCACCUACUUCAUCAAGUGGCUCGGGGGCAGCACGCUGGGGCUCUCCUACGGGCUCACCGUCAGCGAGGCCUGCAUCGCGCCGGCCAUGCCCAGCACCACCGCCAGGGCCGGGGGCGUCUUCCUGCCUAUCAUCAAGUCGCUCGCGCUCUCCGCGGGCAGCAAGCCUAACGACCAGUCGUCGCGGAAGCUCGGCUCCUAUCUUGUGAUGACCCAGUUCCAGGCAGGUAGUAACUCAAGUGCUCUCUUCCUGACUGCUGCAGCACAAAAUCUGUUAUGCUUGAAGCUAGCAGAGGAGCUUGGUAUCAUAGUUGCAAAUCCCUGGGUGUCAUGGUUCCAGGCUGCUAGUUUGCCAGCUAUAGUGUCCCUGCUAGCAACACCAUACUUGCUAUAUAAAAUCUUUCCCCCUGAAAUAAAAGACACACCUGAAGCCCCAGCAUUAGCUGCAGAAAAGCUGAAGCGCAUGGGCCCGGUGACUAAGAAUGAGUGGGUUAUGAUUGGUACAAUGAUUCUUGCAGUGUCAUUAUGGGUGUUCGGGGAUGCUAUUGGUGUAUCUAGUGUUGUUGCUGCGAUGCUUGGGCUCUCUAUUCUUCUCCUGCUUGGUGUGCUAGACUGGGAUGAUUGCUUGAGUGAGAAGUCGGCAUGGGAUACAUUGUCCUGGUUUGCGGUUCUAGUUGCAAUGGCGGGACAGCUCACAAACUUUGGAAUCGUGUCGUGGAUGUCAACUUCCGUUGCCAAGCUGCUUGAAUCUUUCUCAUUGAGUUGGCCUGCAGCUUUUGUUGUUCUUGAGGCCUCCUACUUCCUCAUUCACUAUCUAUUUGCGAGUCAGACGGGGCAUGUUGGAGCUCUAUACUCUGCGUUUCUAGCUAUGCAUGUAGCGGCUGGUGUUCCUCGUGUGCUGUCUGCGCUUGCUUUGGCAUUCAGCACAAAUCUGUUUGGUGCACUAACACACUAUAGUAGUGGACAAGCUGCGGUAUAUUUUGGAGCGGGGUACCUCGAGCUUCCAGAUAUAUUCAGGCUGGGCUUUAUAACAGCCCUGAUUAAUGCUUUGAUAUGGGGAGUUGUUGGUACCUUUUGGUGGAAAUUUCUGGGGCUCUAUUGACACUAGCUGCACUACUGUAAGGUGACGAAAACGUUUGCUCUGCAACUCGCUGAAUUGUCCAUGGUUCCGAGCUCUAUUGAUGAUAUGUCAGAUGUCUGUGUCAAGCCUUGGGUCAUUUCCUCUUCAUCUUGUACAGUUCCCCGUUUUCUGUAAUGUAGAUUAGAGCUGAACAGUUCGAUGCUAAAACAUGCCAGUCUUGUUACAGUAUUCUCCAUGGUUGGAGUACCGGUCUAUUUCUGAACCUGCAAUUUUUA